CUUUCACAAUGUCGCAUGAUACUGUCCUCCACGAUAUUGACCAUUCAAAACCAGCGUCAGAGGAUCCCUCACGAUUAAGGACCUUUUUUUCCAUCCUGCGGAGGUUCAUUGGGGUGACGGACAUCGCGACUGCUCGUUUCUCACUGCCAGCCCAACUUCUCGAGCCAACGCCAAAUUUAGAAUACUGGAAUUAUCUUGAUCGACCCGAGAAUUUUAUUAGUAUUGGGAAGUCUGAUGAUGAACUGGGUCGUAUGCUAGAAGUCUUAAGAUUUUGGUUUACAAAAGAUGUGAGAUACGUGCAAAGCAAACCUUGCAAGCCGUACAACUCCGUCCUAGGCGAAUUUUUCAGGUGUUAUUGGGAAACAGAAGACUAUCAGUCCCCUGUCCUCCCAAAUUCUGCUGAGGAUAUCACAGCAGGAGUUCAGGCUGCUGGAAACGGGGAAAAGGUGAAAAUAUCAUACCUCACGGAACAGACAUCCCACCACCCCCCAGUUUCGGCGUUUUACGCCGACUGUCCGCAACGCGGUAUUAUAGCUCGUGGUUUCGAUCAGAUCACUGCAAAGUUCAGCGGUACAAGCAUUCGAAUUGCCCCUGGCAAGCACAAUUUGGGUAUCUUCCUGAAUCUGCAAAAGCGGGAUAAUGAAGAAUAUCGCCUAACUCACCCUGCGGCUCACAUCGGUGGAUGGCUCAGAGGAUCAUUGUCUAUAUCGGUUUCAGAUACAUGCUACAUUACCUGCCCCAAAACUAGGAUAAAGACAAUUCUACAGUACCUCGAAGAUGGCUGGCUUGGUAGAUCGCACUAUAGAGUGGUCGGUGUUAUCUUCCGUUACGAUCCUGAGAACGACGACAAGAGAAAGAUAAAAGAAGUCCCUGAAAGUGACGUCCUUGCAACAAUUGAUGGGAGUUGGCAUGAGCAAGUCUACUACACAUUAGCUGGCUCCGUUGAACGCCAUCUCCUUAUUGAUAUAGCUCCUCUUUUCCCUUCUUCCAAAGUUGUUCCGCCAGAAGAAAAGCAGUUGUCCAACGAAUCACGGCGAUGCUGGUCCGGAGUUACUGCAGCCAUCCAUUCUAGGCAGUAUACUCUGGCGACUCAGAAAAAGCAUGAGCUAGAGGAACGCCAAAGAGUGAAGGCAGCUAUCAGAAUGGAGAGGAACCAUGAAUGGAAGCCGCGCUUUUUCAUGUUUCCCGUUGACUCUUCUGGAAGACCUGAGUUGACAGCUGAUGGUCGAAAGGUCCUGGAAAGGCUCCAGCAAGGAGACUACACGCUCGAGGAGAAAGAAGUCGUUUAA